AUGGAAGAUUUACAGAUUUUAUUACAAUAUGAUGGCUCAUGGGAAGAUAAUUCAUCUUAUUCAAAUUAUAGAGUAUCUGGAAUCAUAUUACCAAAGAAUUGUAACUUCACAAAUCUUGUUGAUAUAAUCUCUACUGAAAUGAAGAUUCAGCUUAAACAAAAUAAAUUAGUUAUUAAGUACAAAAUCAGUGAUGAUUGUCCUCCAAUAAGUAUUGAAGAUGAUGCAGGUCUUACAUUCUACAAAGAGCUUAAGAGAAAAGAUAAUGACAUUACAAAAUAUAGAAUAUGUGUAACAUUAGAGAAAAAGAGGAAAAGAGUCUAUUCUAGUGAGACAUCAAAUGCAACUGUAAACCAAGAUAACAUGGAAUUGGUUUUACAAAAUAACAUGUUGUCUAUGGAAGGAGAAUCUUCAGCAUUAAGAGAGACAUCAGAGAAUAGCAUGAAUAUGAUUGAAUAUGCAAAUCUUUUAUCUGAUAUUGGAGAGACAUAUCUUGAGGAAGACUUCCAAGAAUUUGUUCAAGGUUCAAGGGAUAUAGAAAUUGGGAAAAAGUACAGGGAUAAAAAUUCAUUGAAGAGUGAAAUAAGCCUCUAUGCACUAUCAAAACAUUUUCAAUUCAAGGUAAUCAGAUCAUGCACAAGGCAAUACAGGUUAAAAUGUGUUGAUGAAGAAUGUCAAUGGAAUCUAUACGCUUCAAAGAUUGGUUACACAAAAGCAUUUGUGAUCCGCAAAUUUGUUGAUAUUCAUACUUGCCGUUUGGAAAAGAGAAUGGGCAGUCAAUGUCAAGCUAGUUCAACCGUCAUUGCAAAUAUUAUAAAACAUAAGUUCAUUGAUGUGAAGACGAUUUAUACACCAAAUGACAUUAGGCGAGACAUGAAAAAUGACUACAGUGUUGAUAUGGACUAUUGGAGAGCUUGGAGAUGUAGAGGAAAAGCUAUUGAUCUAAUAAGAGGAACACCAAAAGAAUCAUUUGCGCAACUUCCAAGUUAUUUACACAUGGUAAAAACAACAAACCCCGGAUCCUAUGUAAAAUUAAAAACUGAUGAAGAUUCUGCUUUUCUAUAUGCAUUCAUGGCACUCAAUGCAUCAAUAAAAGGAUGGAAACAUUGCAUGCCUAUUGUUGUAGUGGAUGGAACAUUCUUAAAAGGUCCAUAUGGUGGAACACUACUUGCGGCUUCGACCCAUGAUUCAGCUGGAAAAAUUUUCCCUCUUGCCUAUGCAGUGACAGACUCUGAGAAUAACAAUUCAUGGAAUUGGUUUUUUGAAAGUAUGAUGGAAGUUUACGGUGUGAGAGAAGGAAUGUGCAUAAUUUCAGACCGACAUGAAAGCAUAAAAAAUGCAAUAACAGAUGUGUAUGGUGAAGAAGUUAAACAUGGGGUAUGUAUUUUCCAUUUGCUUAACAAUUUGAAGGUAAAAUUUAGAAGAAAGCAAAAGGAAAUAAAGGACAUAUUUCUAGCUGCUGCUAAGGCCUACACAGAAACAGAAUUUAACUACCAAAUUGCAGAAAUGGAUGCUUUGGACAGCCGAGUAAAACCAUAUCUUGAAGAUGUGGGAUAUGAAAAAUGGGCAUUAUCAAAAUCAGUCCAUAAUAGAUUCAAUAUCAUGACAUCAAACACAGCUGAAUCAUUGAAUGCCGCCAUCAACAAAGCAAGAGAGCUACCUGUCUCAAUGUUAUUUGAAUACUUGAGAAGCUUAACUCAGAGAUGGAGUUAUAAAAACAGACAUUUGGCAAGAUGUACAAUUACAACACUGAUGCCUAAACAUGAAGAAAGUUUGAGGGAGAGCUUCAUAAACUGCAUUAAACUAGAGGUGGAGCAAACAAGUGAUGAAAUAUUCAAAGUUAGUAAUGGUGACAAAACAAACACAGUCAAUAUUAUGGAAAGAACUUGUACAUGCAAAAGGUUUCAAUUGGAUAUGAUACCGUGCAUACAUGCUUUAGCUGUUUUUAAUGACAGGCAUCAGGAUCCUUAUGAAUACUGCUCAAAGUAUUACACAAAGAACGAAAUGCUAGCUGCUUAUGAAGACAUAGUCUAUCCAAUUGCAAACGAAGAAUCAUGGGAUAUUCCAAUAGAAAUAAAAAAUCAAGUUGUUCUAACACCAAAGGGAAAGGUUAAAGCAGGUAGACCAAGAAAACAAAGGAUCAAAGGACCAAAUGAAAAGUCAAACAAAAACAGAUGUGGAAGAUGUGAAAAAUAUGGUCAUAAUAAGAAGACAUGUAGAAAUCCUCCAAAAAAUUGAUACAAUUCUUGUUUGUAUUUUUUAAUAUUUUUGAACAGUUUUAAAUAAUUUUUUUCUUAUUGAAUUCAUUGUAAGACAAUUUACAUAAUAGCAUUGAAAAAAGUUACAAUC